AGUGCUUGAGGCUUCAUCGCACAGCUGUGAGCAGUUCCUGAGCGAUCUGGCAUGGAGAGGAUGUCUGUGACUGAAGUAUGUGCUGGCAUCCAGCUGCCCGGACAUCUGCACACCCCUGAGUCCCUUCAGUAUGCCCAGGACUUCCACUUUAAGGAAGGAGAUGUGGUCAUUGUGACCUAUCCCAAAUCAGGCACAACAUGGAUGCAGGAGAUCUUGACGCUGAUCUACAGCCAAGGCGAUACAGAGAUUGCCAUGACUGUACCGAACUGGGAGCGGGCCCCAUGGCUGGAACAUAUAUAUUUCAAAGAUACCUUAAAGGAAGGCGAGGGCCCCAGAAUCAUCACCACACAUCUCCCUAGUAAUAUCCUGGCUCCAGCACUGCAAAACUCCAAAGCUAAAGUCAUCUAUGUUGCCAGGAAUCCGAAGGAUGUGGCGGUUUCCUUUUACUAUUUCCACAAGAUGGCCAAAUUCCUCCCAGAUUUUAACACCUUCUCUGAAUUCCUAGACGUGUUCCUGGAGGGCAAAGUGCACUACGGGUCUUGGUUUGAUCAUGUGAAGGGCUGGUACAGGCAAAAAAACAACAUGGACUUUUUCUACAUCACAUAUGAAGACUUACAGAAGGAUUUGAGAAGAAGUAUAAAGAAGCUGUGCGGGUUUUUGGGCUGCCCCAUGUACACUGAAGAGGUGGAUAAGGUGGAGUGUCAUUGUCGGUUCCCUGAGAUGAGCCAGAACGUGAUGGUGAAUUACAUGCUGAUCCCCAAGGAGAUCAUGAACCACGAUCAGAGCAAAUUCAUGAGGAAGGGUAUAGUGGGCGACUGGAAACAACACAUGACGCCAGAGCAAAGUGACGCCUUCGAUAAGACUUUCCAGGAGAAGAUGUCCGGCUGUAACCUUCAAUUUCUCUGGAAUUUAGACUGAACAAAAGACAAAUUAGUUCUGGGACUGCGCUUGUUCUGGAGCUCUUCAAAUAUUUACACAGG